AUGUCUCAAGCAGACGGCCCUACUCUUAAGGCCAUCUUCAGCACAGGAUUUGCUGUCACACAAGCAAUUUCUAAGAAAGUAUCUUCAUCUGAACCUCCAACUCAAAGUCACAUGUCUAUCUUCUCUUCAACUCCUGGCCUUGCCAAUGAUCUUGCAACUCCACGUCCCAAGAGAACAACGAUUCCAGGCCCUGCAACACAACUUCUCAAUGAACUGUUCGACGAAGUGGAUGAUAUUGAAGCAGUUGAGCCAAUCGAAGAUUCAACCUAUAUUAAUGUCGACGAUGCGCGCCAGAGAGCUGAUAGACUGAGAUUUAGACCUAGACCUAGAAUCGAAAGAUCUUUCAAGAGCAAGUCAUUGGAUAGUCAACCUCAGUCAGCGAGUUCCUCUGAUCAUUUUAUGAAUUCCUCAGUCGACUAUUCACAUCUCACUGUAAGCCCCGAAGAAGAUCUUCAAAAGCUCGCAGACAGAUUCGGAGAAAUUCAAUCUGAAAAUAAACGAAUCAUCGAAGCUGACGACGAGACUCUCUGGAACUCUCUUCCAGAUCUGAAUACCGGACCAUUUUCACGUUACGCAAAACUUCAAGGUUCUGCUAAAGCUUAUGAGCAAGAAUUCCAAGAUACUUUGAAGAAGGAGAGGGAGAUUUAUGAAUCUACAUCUGGUUUCCUCAAUAAGCAGAUGCCUGGUAUGAGUGCUACUGAGAUGCGCAAACGAAUUCCGAGAUUGAUCAUUCCUGAAGCGGAAUGUGGAUUUGAUGAGGAGGAUAGGGAUGAGAACAACUCAAUCCAGAUUCUCGAGGCACUUUUCAAUGAGUUGACGGAGAGGGAAGCUGGUACUAAUAAUAAUCAGUGGAAGAGUGCUAAAGAGAUUAUUGAGGGGGUAGAGAACAAGGGCAAAGAUGAUGGGGAGGGACAAGCCGUUGCGACAGGAGAUAUGGAGGCGGAUAAUAAUCAUAUGGAUGAUCAAUCUGGAAAGAGCCAUGAUCCCAGUCAUGAUGCCUACAAAUCUCGCGAAAUCAACAUCUUUUCAGACUUCGCCGAACAAACAGACGAUGAGAUUCAAGAAUACUCUGCUAUAACCCAACAAUACAUUAGAGACGGAUGUAGGGUCAGAGGACUCGAUCAGAUUAUUGAGAAGGAUGAAGAGCAGGCAGUACAAUCUCAGCAACCAAAUAAAGUCGAACCAGAAAUCACUCCUUCUCUGAAAUUUGAAGAAAAGAGCAAGGAAGAAAUCGCAGAACCGCAACAAAAUCUCUGCGAAGUCUCUCCCGUGAUGGAACCUCCAGUUAUUGAAAAAGAACCAAUUCUACAGGAACAACCCGAUAUAGAAGGAAACACAAAGGAAGAUGAAGACUCUCAAAAAUCUUCACAAAAUCUCGAUACUUCUGAAAAUCAAUGUCUAGAUGUUGAUAUUUUCAAAUCUAUUGAUGAAGUUAUUAGUGCUAGUUCUAGUACCAUCUCGAAUUCUACUUCUUCUAUUGAUGGAAGCGCUUCAGAAGACGAAGACGAAUUGCAGUUUGGUUUGGCGGCGGUGGCGACAGGUGUUAUGAUUGCUGCUUUGUGGAUGAUUGAGAGGAAAACUGGGAUUUGUUAG